CUGAUAGGUAUGACCAUACCAAAUAUAAACCAGAAUCUGCUUAGGCAAAACAAAAAACUUCCAAGAAUUGCUCCUAUACAGCCUGUUUUUUCAGUUCAGUUAACAUGGGAUAUCUAACAUUCUCAAUACUGGCUCUUCUGUUUAUAACCGUGGACACACAGUUAAGCCAGAACCUGAAGAUCCCAUCAUGCAACUGCUGUAGCCAAUGUCCCCAGAGGCCCCAGGGGCCGGCUGGUCCUCCAGGAGCCCCUGGGAUUCCAGGUGUUCCAGGAAUUCCUGGCCAGUGUGGCACUCCCGAAACAAAAGAGGGUGCCAAUAGUGUCACAGUAGAUAAACCUCAGAAAUCAGGAGACAAAAAUGUUGCAUUUUCUGCUAAACUAGCCCAGAUUCACCCUGAAACAAACCCCAUGAUUACAGUCAAGUUUGAUUCCAUAAUAACGAAUGCAGGCAAUGGCUAUAAUGGUAUGACUGGAAUCUUUACUGCUCCAACAGAUGGGACUUACUACUUCUCCUUCCACGCUAUUACAAAUUCUGCCAAGAAUUCUGUCAUGCAGAUCAUGAAAAAUGGAAUAUUAAUUAUUAGAGGAUAUGGCAACUCUGGACAUUGUGGCUGUGCUCAUGCCACCAUCAGUAAUAGCGUAAUCCUUCAGCUGCAGGCCAACGAUAAAGUGUGGGUCGAGGCUAAUGAAGGGGGAUUGUAUAGUCUUUCAACCAACCCUCUCGCAUCUUUUAGUGGAUAUCUUAUUUUUUAAACAAGGCAACAAAGCUUACAACUCUUUCAAAUGGAUAGACAUCAUGAUAUAUGGCAAUACUGACAAAAAAUAAUGAACAACUAAUUCUACAAUGAAAGUGCACAAAAUGUUAUGUCAAUUUAGAAGCAAUACCACAUAACCAUGGUUCCUAUAGCAACAUAAAGAACAAAUUCAUGGACAUUCAAAGACUUCAGAAAUUCUAAUAAAAAUACUUUUCAGGCUUUUUUAACAUCAGAGAUUGAUGAUGAAAUGCAAUUGGUGAAUUACCACUAAACAAGAAAAGAGUAAAUUUUAACGAUGUUCAAAAAGGGUAUUCUCUGUUACUAUGAAUUAAUGAGACAGUAACAGUCAUUAUUCAGGUGAAAAAUAACAAUUCGAAAUAAUGUUUUGACAAAUUGCUUUGUGGUCAAACUUAAGUACUUUUCUGGGACAAUAUGAUGAAUACUAGUACAAGUCAUUACUAAGGACACAAAAUUAAUUCAAGGUGCUAGGCUAAAAAUUCAGGCACCUUUCAAUCAACCUUAUUGCCUUCAGAGAGUCACCACAGAGUUGGAUCGAUCUACGCAGAUUGAUAGCUUCAAUGGGAAUGAGCCCAAUGUAUAUAUUAAUAUACUGUAUCGAAUUAUGACAUUUGACAUUAUGACAUUUGCAGCAUUGAGUAAAAAUCUGAUUCAUAAACUAAGAAAAUUUGAAUGUACAUUUCACAGGGAGGUAGUCAAUGGGAAAAUGCAGUGGAGUUAUGAAUAAGAACUUUAUCCCUAAAUGACCUGUGAAUGGUUUGGCUCAUCUCCUAGUCACCUUAAGUCAAGAUUUGUUUAUUUGAAGCACUAAAUGCUAUCUAAUCAGUUGAAACAAGAGGCUUUUAACCAAUGGACACUAUUUCUUAUUGACUGGUUUACCACAGAUCAUAUAUUAUCAUUGGAUCAACUUAUGAGGCCAAUACAUCUUCACCUUUGUAGAGAUGACAUGUCCCUUUCAUAAGGUGGAAGAAUAUGUGGUAAAUUAAAUAUUAACAAAAAAACAAAUUAUCUAACCACUUUCUGAUAAGUUUGACAAUAUACCACUGAUUAAAUAUUGACAGAAAACAAAUAAUUUAACCACUUUCUAAUAUUAUAAGUAUAACAAUACCAGUGAUUUGAGCCAGUCUGAGCUUAUGAUUUGGCAAAAACAAAGUUCAAACUCUUGCUCCUAUACAGCCUUUCUCAUCGAUGAAACUGUCAAAAGUUAUCAUGGACCAUCUAAAAUUCUUAGUACUGGCUAUUUUGUUUGUUUCUGCAAAGACACAGUUGAUCCAGAAUUCAAAGAGCUCACC